AUGACAUGUAAGACUUUUGAACUUCAGAUUUCGGGGGUCGGUUCCAAAAAGGAAGUUGGUGAAUGCAAAAACAAGUUUGCAAGUUCAAACGAUCCAGUAGUGAGCCAGACAUUCACAUUGGACAGAGUGUUCAAUCCUGAAGGGAAGUCUCUGUCCUCGAUGCGCGGCUUCAGAUACUGCAGCUGGUCUCCGCUGGGUUGUGAUGCAAAUGGCCGGUGUCUCUUAGCUGCUUUGACCAUGGACAAUAGGCUGACCAUCCACGCUAAUCUGAACAGACUUCAGUGGGUGCAGUUAGCUGACUUGACUGAACUCUAUGGAGAGUGCCUGUAUGAAAACAGUUACAGGCUUUGUAAGACAGAGACUUCCCAGGAAGACUUAGGGGAUCUCUCUGAAUUCCAGAGGAGACACAGCAUGCAGACCCCGGUCCGCAUGGAAUGGUCCGCCAUCUGCACCAUCCAGCAGGUGAAACAUAACAACGAGUGCCAGGAUGUGAGCAGCGUGCUCUUGGCCGUGGUCUUCGAAAACGGGAACAUUGCCGUAUGGCAGUGCCAACUUCCAUUCACAGGCAAAGAAUCCAUCACGUCCUGUAAUACCAUCGAGUCAGGAAUCAGUUCCCCCAGUGUUUUGUCGUGGUGGGAAUACGAACAUAAUAACAGGAAAAUGAGCGGACUGAUCGUGGGCAGUGCUUUUGGGCCAGUUAAGAUUCUCCCUGUCAACCUUAAAGCAGUCAAAGGUUACUUCACCUUGAGACAACCGGUGGUUUUGUGGCAGGAAAUGGAUCAUUUGCCGGUGCAGAGUAUCAAGAGCAUUCCUCUCUACCACCCCUAUCAGAAAUGUAGCUGCAGUUUGGUGGUGGCGGCAAGAGGCUGUUAUGUCUUUUGGUGUCUUCUCUUGAUAUCCAAAGCAGGCUUGACCGUCCAUAACUCCCACGUGACUGGGCUCCACUCUUUGCCAAUCAUCUCCAUGACCGCAGACAAACAGAACGGUACUGUCUACACCUGCUCUGUGGACGGGAAGGUCAGACAGUUAAUUCCCAUCUUCACAGACAUUGCGCUAAAAUUCGAACACCAGUUGAUCAAGCUGUCGGACAUCUUUGGCUCUGUCAGGACCCAUGGGAUUGCUGUGAGCCCAUGUGGCGCAUACCUGGCUGUCAUUACCACAAAGGGCAUGACCAACGGGCUCCAUCCCACCACCAAAACCUAUCAGGUCCAGUUUGUAACCCUGAAAACGUUUGAGGAAGCAGCUGCUCAGUUGCUGGAAUCGUCUGUCCAAAACCUUUUCAAGCAGGUAGACCUCACGGAUCUUGUCCGCUGGAAAAUCUUGAAAGAUAAGCACAUCCCACGCUUUCUGCAGGAAGCUCUGGAUAAAAAGAUUGAACAUUUUGGGUCUGCGUACUUCUGGCGCUUUAAACUGUUCCUCCUACGGAUUUUGUAUCAGUCGCUGCAGAUUCCCCCUUCCGAGGCACUGUGGAGGCCGACCCACGAGGACACCAAGGUCUUAAUAGCACAUUCCCCUGGAGCAGGCCGUAGCGAGGAACGUGAGCAGGAGGAGCCGCCUUCAGACCAGGGCAGGCAGUGUCAGAGUGAGGCACCCAAAGGAAGGGUCUUGGAUGAGUCAGCAAAUACCUCUCAGUCAGUCCCCUCAGCCCGGGAGCAGAUGGAAGAAAAGCUGCUUGAGAUCCAGGCCCAGAUUGAAGCGGUAGAAAUGCAUUUGACCCGAGAGCAUAUGAAGCGAGUGUUGGGAGAAGUCUACCUCCAUACUUGGAUUACAGAGAACACCAGCAUUCCCACAAGGGGGGUCUGUGACUUCUUGACGUCAGACAAAAGCUACGAGGACAGGACAGCACGGGUACUGAUUGGGCACAUCUUAAAGAAGAUGAACAAACAGACGUUCCCUGAGCGCUGCAGUUUGUGUAAAGAGAUCCUGCCGUUCACAGACCGCAAGCAGGCUGUUUGCUCCAAUGGGCACAUUUGGCUCAGGUGCUUUUUAACCUACCAGGCCUGUCAGAGUUUGGUGUACAGGAGAUGCUUGCUUCGUGACAGCAUUGCUCGCCACUGCACUCCGGAAGAUCCUGAAUGGAUCAAGAGGUUGUUGCAGGGGCCUUGUACUUUCUGCGACUCUCCUGUUUUCUAGAGAAUGUGUCAAGGUGGUGAGCUUGAAGCAGCAUUCUCUAGUGGCCAAAGCACCAUCAACAUUGGAUCGGCACAAAGGCUCGCUCCAGCCUGUAAAAACCCCCUUUCUGAGAGAUGCCAAGGCCUUUUCUUAAGAAAUGCUACCAUCAGCGUUUUCGAAAUGCUUCUGAACUCUGGUCAGGUUCAGCGUUGGCCCUUGGUUGUUUUCGGCAAUUAGGAUGUGGAAUCAAAGACCUUUUUAUUCCACAAAGAGAUGCUUUUGUUGGAGCAAAGCUGGUUGCCCAACUGAGCAGGUACUGCUUGAUGGACCGGCACAACAUUGACUCUGAUGCUUUCCUUCCUUAACGUCUAAUGAAUGUUGGCACUUACCGAACCAGAGACAAUUAAAUUAUUACAAAUAAUGUAUGGGUUUUUAAACUGUUUCAGAAAAACUUGCAUGCCUGUAGUCAGUGAAGAAAAGUACCCAUGUUGUCCAUUACUAAGAUUAGCAAACAUGUUCUAGGCCUCCUUUCAAGAACUUCCAGGCAGACUAAAAUCCCUCUGAACCAACUACGGGGAGUUUAGUUCAAAAGAGCAAAUUGCACGUGCUUGUAUUAUUUUAAGCAUCAGUAUUUUUAUUCUGAUUUCCUCAGCUGCUGCCAGUAAUUCUUCCACCACCACCACUCCUUCUCAUAUGUUCACCUCCAAAUUUGGGCUGCUUUUCUCAUUUAGCAAGAUCUAUCCCCUGUCAGGAGUUGUCCCUGUUCCUCCAGUUUAGGAAUGGCAAAAUUUCUUGUCACCCUUGGUCCCUUGAAAAUCAGCCAGACAUCAUUCCCUCAAGGCAUGCGUGGCAGUUCUUUCUGUCUCCUUAAUCCCUUUGGGCUGCAGGGCAAGGAGGACCUUGUUCAGUCAUUCUUGUUGUUAUUAUUUUAAAUAUUCCUGCUGCAAAUAGAAAAUGCCUAUGUUUCCCCCGUGUUGGGUUUCUUUCAGGAGAGAAGCCCUUUUUCGUUAUUAAUUGUUUUAAUCGGUGAGCAUUGAGCACUGCGGUCUGAAAUGGUGCAGCCUCUUGUUUUCCCCUCUCAUUCCUUGACCUACAUGUCAACAAUGCCAUGGAGAAUAUUCUUUGUUUCACCUGAGCAUGGAAAAGUCUCUGCAGUUCACAGCUUUUCAUUCUACUGGGGGACUUCAGUUGAUUCACAUCUUAUUGAUUUAGGUGGGCUUGUUGUACAUUUGAGUAUUGAUUGAAUCUAGCCUGAUGCUCUGUAACAUCUCUGAUGAGUUAGUAUUGAUGGUUGUGAACCUCCUGAAGUCACUGAUGCUACCAAGAUAGUGGAGGAUGUUGAGAUGACAUCUAGUCCAGCAAUCGUGGCCAGCGAUCCUGGGAACUGUAGUCCAAGAUAUCAAGAAGGCAUCAAGUUUUCUUCUUUGGCCCAGAGAUUUGCUUGCAAGGUGUCCUGGAUUGGUAUUCCAACAAUUGAACAACAUCUUGUUGUUGAGUUUAAACUGAGUGUGAAGUUAAAUCUCCCAUCAAAAUAGAUUUUGGGUGGCAAAAGGUGGGAAACAGCCAUGUCAGGCAGCCAUAGUGAAUCCAGGACUUGUAUGUGCUGUGCUACCAUCUCUAUCAUCCUGGCAACACAGCUUGCCAUAGUGACGGAUGUUCCCCUUGAGGGGGAGGCCAAAAGAGGCUGAGUGGGCCAGUGGUUGAAAAUACAGAUUGGUUGUGUUUACUAUGCAUUUGUUUGUCAUGCUGGAAAGAGGUAGCUCCAUCAAGGGGGUGGGAAGGGUUUUUGCCAACAACCCUCCUUUUCUUGCUUUGUCAGAGCCAUUCACAGGGAUCCUACUGAGAGCACGUAAUAGUACGCAUUAGACAGUACUGGGUUAAUUGGAUUAAACAGCGUAAAAGGCUAAUUAAAUAUUGAACGAAAUGUUCUUUGCUAGGGUAAGAUGAGGAAGCAAGGAGCUGCCUUACCUUCAGUCAACACUGCCAAAGAAACCCCAGUUGUCCUGGGGGGAGGGGGGAGGGUUGUCACACACACACCAGCUACAGCGUCCAUUCAGCCACAAGGUUGGCUUUGGUUCUUCUUGUUUGGAAUCCUAAAGUAUCUCGUUGUCAAGCUUCUUAGAGCAAGCACAAUCCAGAAAGCAAGAGAUUGCAGUAAAUAACAAAGAUUGGGGUGAGGUUCAGAAUCUUGCAACAGGAGCCUCCCAUCUUCAAGGCAGAGAUUCUGUGAGCAUUUGAGAGCUCUUGGGUUUUCUGUCACUGCACUGAGUUGCUAUUUAUGAAAUAAGGUGUUAACAACUUCCAUCUGUUGAUUGUUUUUAAAGCCAGAGUUCCGUUUCUUUCUCAGCCUGCUUCUCUCUUACGCUACUCUUUCCUCCUAAAUGCCGUAACGCAAGGAAGGAGAACUUUAUUUAUUUAUUAUUUCAAUUUAUAUGGCCAUCCAUCUCAAAUACAUAACUCUAGGUGGCUCACAGCAAUUUAACUUCAACUCCCUGAACUCCCCAGCCAGCUUGAAGUCCACAUAUCUUAAAACUGCUCAGACUGAGAAACAACUGUGCUAAAGCAAGGCCGUCAACCACAAAAGACAUAAUGAUAAUGCACUUUGUUAAUCAUGGCUUAUCAUUCUAGGCAUUGUGGGAAUACAAUGUAAAAAACGUCUUACCCGCUCCAGACCCGUUGCAAGCUUCCAGAGUCUGCCUGUGCUGAUCUGAGCUCUUCUGGGUUCUUUAAAACAUUCCCAUACCUGGAUCUAGUCAAGUUUUUUGUCUGUUGUUUGAAAAGCGAAAGCAGAAAAACAAAACAAGUGUGUGGCAGAGAACACAUUCUGUUUCUAGCCCACCCAAGUCAAGGCAGCGUUAUGAAAAAUUCUCGGGUGCUCCUCUGUUCCCUUGGAGAUGGUCCGUGACUGCGAAUGUUCACGAUGGCUUUUUCUGAUAGGUGUGAAAUAUAGUUGGAGAAUGUGUUUUGUCUAAUGUCACAGCCCCUCGGUUACAUGAAGCCCUUUGUAAAUAAAGCAACGGACAACUUUCCCGGUGUGUGCUUUAACGAAGCAGCAGCAGAGUUGACUUCCCUGUUGUGUAAUCACCAUAAAGGGCAGAGUACCCAAUGCGUUUGUUGUGUGGAUAGCGGCCCCAUGUAAGCCAAACCCUGAGGAAUCCAGACGCUUUCCAGAGGAAAAAAAUGAAUAAAGACCUACCUUUCUCAGCAA